ACCGAGUGAAUGUCGCAGCCAUAGCGACGUGACGUGAUAUUCUAGCAUGAAGCGUGCUCUGGUAGGGGGACAAGCACCGCUACUGAGCCUUCACUCUGGAGUGAGUUGAGUUGCAAACGUUUGCACCGCUCAAGAAGCCGCUGACCGUUGUCGAUGGUUUCUGGGUCGAUGACCGGAACUCGGGCAAAUGGCCGAUCGGGCGUCGACCGCCGUCUGCUACGCGACCGAAAUUCAACCAGCUCGUCAACGACCGCUAACACGGAAAGCGGCGGCAGUCUGCAUGUUACACAUCCACGAGGAUGAUCUCUCGGACCCGCAAUCGCGGCGCUUGAUCAGCCUGCACCUGGCUGGCAUGGUUGCAGACGUCCCGCCCGGAGCGCUCUUCCUUGGUUUAUCCGAGCUGCAACGGCCGAACGUAACAGUAUGGAGCGCAUGGGACGGCCCAAGAAUAGCCAGCAUUGGUGCGCUGAAGAUGCUGCCAGACGGAACGGGCGAGAUCAAGUCUAUGCGAACGCACCCGGACCUUAUCGGGCGCGGUGCUGGCGCGCGCAUUCUCGCGACAAUAGUAGACGCGGCAAAGGCGCGCGGCAUUCGCCGUCUCUCGCUCGAGACGGGAAGUGGGCCUUCAUUCGAGGCAGCACGCGCCUUGUACGAGAAGUUUGGCUUCCGCGAAGGCGAGCCCUACUCCGCAUACGUCAAGACAGACUUCAACCAUUUCCUACACCUACAACUACUAGACUAGAGGCGACGUCUUUGCGCGGGGGGCCCCGAGGCUCUUCAGCGUUUAGGCUCGUAGAAAUGACUCGAGAGCUGUAGCGUUAAUUUGGGUCGUAGUAGGAACGCGCAUGAAAUGGGCUAGCUCUCUCGACGCCGAUUUCCUCGCUGC